UCGCGCUCAUGAGGAACCACAGAAGAGCUCUGCUCACCUCGGGAAUACAUCCUCCAUCCAAGGAAUACCAGACCUGACGAUGCUGCACACUGCCAUGUUCUCAACCGCUUGCCUCAUUCUUGUGGGCUUCAUCAAAGUGGCUUCCGCUGGUUCUGUGGUGCUCAACUCGAACGCUAUUAAGGUCGGUUCAGGUGUGGCGAGUCCCAGUCACCCGGUCAGCCCGAGUCCGGAUGAGUCACCUGCGGACAGCGGCAGUCUGAACUUCGCCGUCGAUACACCGCAGCAGCCUUUAAUCUGCGAGAGUGACGAGGAAUGCGGUGGAGACGAGUUCUGCUUCCUGUCUCGCGGUGUUUGUCUCCAGUGUAAGAAGCGCAGGAAGCGCUGCAUCCGGGAUGCGAUGUGCUGCCCUGGCAACCACUGCAGCAAUGGAGUUUGUCUUCCAAAUGAUCCUGACAUGAUUCAGCAGAUUGGAAUGGAAGAGUUUGUGUCCAUCUCCAAUGAGAACUCUACUUUUGUGGUGCCACCAAAAGUUCCAAGUCAAGGUUCACCACAAAACCAAAUGCAAAAAGGACUGGAGGGAGAAACCUGUCUGAGAUCAUCAGAUUGUGCUGAGGGACUCUGCUGCGCUCGUCACUUUUGGUCCAAAAUCUGCAAGCCCGUCGUAAGAGAAGGCCAGGUCUGCACCAAGCACAAGAGGAAAGGCACCCAUGGCUUAGAAAUAUUCCAGCGUUGCGAUUGUGGGGAUGGUCUGUCCUGCAAAACGCAAAGAGGAGACGGCGGCAAGUCAUCACGGAGUCUGCACACUUGCCAGAGACACUGAAUGAACAUUUAAGGAAUUUUCUUUCAUGAGCUCAAAAACAGACUUGAGCGACGAGCGGUUGAGGGAAACAGGACUUGGAAUGGG